AUGGAAAAGCCCAUCCAGCAGCCCAAACCUUGCACUAAACCUCAGGCUGCUAAAGUUUCUGGCAAGGCUACAGCAGCCGAUAAGAUCAACAAGAAGGUGAAACCUACAACCAGUACAAGAUCUGGAAGGCAAGUUAAGGCAACUCCAGUUGAUAAUGAUAGUGACUCUCAUGAUUCAUAUGAGAAUGCUGAAGAUAGUUUAUACAAGCCUCCAAAAGUUGCAGGAGAUUCUAUAUACAGUAGUGACAGUGACAGUGGAGUUGAUGGAAUAGAGUCUUCUAGGGCCAAGAAAGUAGAUCACAGAGAGAAGCAUAGGCCUGUUGCUGACAGAACAAGGGACAAAGCUAUUGACACUGAUGACUCCAGCUAUGAGGAUAUCGAAUCUGAUGAAUGCUCUGAUGGAGAGUCAGAUGAGGAAUUUCUGUAUGAAGAAUUAUCAGAUGGAGAUGAAUGGAAGUCAGAAGAUUCUGCCCAGGAGUUAGACUCUGAAGACGAAGGGCCAGCUGUCUAUCCACAUUAUAAUGACAAGGCCAAAUUUGGUGAUCUGAAGUUUGAGGUAAGUAUGGUUUUCAAAUCUAAGCAACAUUUUAUGGCUGCCACUAGAGAUUAUACUAUACAAUGGGGUAGAAAUAUAAGGUUCUCUAAGAAUGACAAGGUUAGAGUUAGGGCUGUUUGUAAGUGUGAAGACUGUCCAUGGGUAGUAUAUUGUGCACACAACCCCAGUGAUGGUUCCUGGCAGAUAAAAACACUAGUUGACAAUCACACUUGCGCAAGAAAGCGAAAAAACAGAGCUGCGACAUUGGAAUGGAUUGUGAAUAAGUUAUACCCAAAACUUAGGAAGCACCCUAAGAUGAAGCAUAAAGAGGUGUAUGAGUGGUUUGUUAGGAAGUGCAACGUGAAGUUGAAUAGUUCAUGCAUUACCAGAGCUCUUAAGGCAUCUAGGAAGAUAGUUGAAGGGGAUGAGAUUGCACAAUACGGGUUGAUAUGGGAUUAUGCACAUGAAUUGCUAACUGCCAACCCAGGUUCCACCGUUCAGGUGGGUGUCAUUACCAUUACUGACAAUCCGCCUCAGUUUGAGAGAUUUUAUGUCUGUCUAGAUGCUUGUAAGAAGGGUUUCAAGGCAGGGUGUAGGCCAUUGAUAGGGUUAGAUGGGACAUUCCUGAAAAUAUUACAUGGAGGACAGCUUCUGACUGCAUGCGAACAGGAUGCAAACAAUCACAUUUUUGUGAUUGCAUAUGCAAUUGUUGAUGUUGAGAACAAAGAAAACUGGAAAUGGUUUUUGGAGCUGCUCCUCUCAGACCUGGGAGAAUAUGAAGCAAAGAAUUUGUGUUUCAUCUCAGAUAUGCAAAAGGGAUUAAUACCUGCUGUCAAAGAACUCGUGCCAGCAGUUCCACACAGGUUUUGUAUCUGGCAUUUGUGGAGGAACUUCUCUAAACAGUGGGGCAACGUUGAGCUUAAGGACUUGGUGUGGGAGUGUGCAAGAUCGAGGACCCCAGUUGAGUUCGAAAGGAAUAUGACUAGAAUCAAGAGAAUUAAUCAACAAGCAUGGGAAUAUUUAGCCAAGUGGCCGAAGGAAGCUUGGACGAAAGCCCAUUUCAGUGAAGGGCCAAAGGUAGACAACAUAUGCAACAACGCUUGUGAAUCCUUCAAUUCAAAGACCAAGCAUGACAGAGGAAAGCCUAUUCUGACCCUGGCAGAGGAGGUACGAAGAAUGGUUAUGAAAAUCAUGUCUGACAAUAGACUGAAGCUUCUUACUUAUCAAGGAAUACUUACUCCAGUUCAGCAAAGUAGGCUAGAAUCUCUUAUUAAGUUAUCCAGAAACUGGGCUCCCUACUGGUCGGGUGAUGCCAAAGAGGAAGUGUACGAAGUUCAAGGAUGGCCAACUAACAUGGUGGUAGAUUUGGGUAACCAUACUUGCUCCUGCAGAAAUGCCUUGUAUGCACGCAAUAUCGGCCAUUCAAGAAAAAAUGAUAAAAUGCCUGAGGAGUAUUGCCACGAAUGGUUAAUUAUGGAGGCGUACAGAAAAACAUACCAAUUCAAUGUGAAUCCUGUCAAGGGACAAGAUCUAUGGGAGAAAACUGGUUCUCCUGCACCUGUUCCACCUCCAAUCAAACCUAAACCAGGCAGACCAACAACAAAUAGAAGGAAGGACAAGGCUGAAGGACCACUAGCACGAAGACAAAGAUGA